AUGUACUUCCUUAAUUGUGUUAUAUAUUUACCAUCUUUACAAUAUUAUUUUUCUUGUACUUUGUGCCGUGCCCUGCUAAGUAAAUCCAUAUCCCUUUCACAGUGUUCUGCGGGGAACAUAAUGUACUGAAAUUGUGUGAAGCUAUAGAACAUUAAUUUGCACUCAUAGAGGUUUCCCCACAGAGAUAUAAAGAGUGACAACAUUAUUCUUACAGAGGUAAACAAUAUGUACCACCCAAUGCUCAUUGAUUUUGGAAAGGCUAUCUUGCUAUCGGAUGCCCCUUCAAAACAGCAGUCCAUGACUGCUCACUAG